AUGGAUAACUACACACACACAACCCUCACCAACAAUAGCACACACACUGAAAAAACGCACAUCGGCAAAGCCUCGCUUGCCAUGCCGAUGUUCGGCCUGCUCUUUGCCUUCCUCUUCAUCGUAUGCGUGUACUACCAACCCUUCCGGAACUGCACCAAGCGAGGUAUUCGUUCAGUCCGCCGUUGGGACAGACUGUCGCGCCGCAAGAUCCGGCAGUGGAAUAAUAACCUGUGUGAGCGACAUGGGCGCUUUCAGAAAAUCAACAAUCUCCCGAAUAGAAACACGUAUGAGCUUGAUGAGCUACAGUCUGUGAGUGAUUGGUCGUUUCUGUCUUCUUCGUCAUCGUCGUCUUCCUCUUUCUCUCCCUCUUUUUUAUCUUCUAUUUCCUCUUCGUCUUAUUUGGAACAUGCUUCUGGUUCUGAGAGCUCUCUGGUAUUUUGUCCGAUUGAUGAGAGCAACACUCACCAUGACGCCGACUAUGACCCGGAUUACAGCGGUUUCACAUCCAACCAGGGCACUUGGUCAAGCCAAGAUACAACACUGGUCAACCCAGCGGAGCUCCCACCUGGUCGCAGUGACCAAAUCGCUGAGGAUUCCCACGCGACUUCACCCAACACCCGUACCAACGACGACGUUGACGCUGUCGUCUUCCUGACAGCCGCCGACUCCGCUGAGGCGCAGUGGGAGCCUGCCGCUUACAUCCGAGAGGCCCAUGGACCUGGCGCUUUUGUGGAACGAUUUGUGGAUUGGGCAGUUCAGCAGUUCAUGGGGGGAGCGGCCGAUAACAUCUUCCUGCGACACCAGCCGGUUCCAAGUGGCCAUGUUCCGUCGGCCGAAAAUGAUCACGAAGACAGCAGCCUAGCUCAUGCUGCUUGA